CGAACCUGGUAGUUACAUUGACCUUGGUCUUCACCAACUUUCGGAUAUGUUGUGUUACCAUAUGGCUAAAGUUGUAUAUUCUAUUUUUCCCUUUAGGUUAGCUAUUAUAUGCUCAUAGAUAUAAUAAAAAUACUAAAUUUCAGGUUAAAAUAAUCAUGAUGGUACUAAUUUGGAAAUAACUUCCUGUUAUUGAGAUUUAGUAUGUAUUACGUGACCAAUUUGUCCUUGAAUAGCCCGGCUCUUUAUCGGUUUUACUUAUCACUUUUUCGUUUGUUCUUUCUCAUUAGUCGGGUUUAACCGUCAACUAAAAACAUGUCACCGAAACAAUUUUUGAAAGACCCGAAGACAUGUGUACAAGAAAUGAUUCUGGCAAUAAUGAGUAUAUAUCCAGGUCUCUCCGCCUUCCCUGAGCAAGGCAUUACAUUUAUUAAUAAGUACAGAGGUUCUAAAGUUGCGAUACUUUCUGGUGGAGGAUCUGGCCAUGAGCCUUUCCCAAUAGGGUUCAUUGCAGAAAAUAUGCUCACUGGAUCUGUAUCUGGUAAUAUCUUUACAUCACCAUCAACACAACAUAUUAUCUCAGCAAUUAAUGUUCUCAAUAACUUGAAUAAAGGAGGAAUACUCAUUGCUGUAUUGAACUACACUGGAGAUCAAUUAAACUUCGGACUGGCUAUUGAAAGAGCAAGGAAUAAAGGAAUUGAGGUAGAGAAAAUAUCAAUCGCUGAUGAUGUAGCGUUAUUAGGAACUGACAAUGCUACUAUUACUGGCAACAGAGGAAUUAGCGGAUGUGCAUUUAUUUUCAAGCUCCUUGGUGCUAUGGCUGAAGAGGACCAAACUCUUCACGAGCUGAAAUAUUCUUAUGAGGAAAUAAAGAAAAGGAUUGCCUCUAUGGGAGCAUGUUUAGUUCCUUGCAGGCUCCCAUCUACCAAUGAAUUACUUUUCGAAUUGAAAGAAGACGAGGUUUCCUUCGGCUGUGGAGUUCAUGGAGAGGCUGGAAUAUCUACAAUUAAGAUGACUAGGAUAGAUGAUAUGGUGGCGCAGGUUUUGAGCAAAAUUUUUCAAUCAGAAAUAAUAAAGCCCGGAGACAAGGUCUGUGUCCUGUUUGGAAACCUGGGCACCUUAACCCAUAUGGAACUCUUGCUCAUCGCCAACAUUGCCCAAAUGCAGCUAGAAAAAAAAAAGAUUAGAAUAGAAAGGAUGUACGUUGGAACAGUGAUGUCUUCUCUUGACAUGAAAGGAUUCCAGAUCUCCGUAUUGAAUGUCAAUCAAAAAGAUUAUUGGCUCAACUACCUCGACAGUCCAACAUCUGCUUUUGGCUGGACUGGGACAUCUCAUUCGUUUACUACUCAAAGGCCUAUGGCUGAAUCAUUGUAUCAUGUUGAUGAGAUGGACGAACCGAUGGAAGGACCGAAAUAUAACGAAAGAGAAAGUAGAAGUUUUAAGAUUGCUGUGAUUGCUGCUUGCCAUGCUUUAAAAGAUAACGCUGAUAAAAUAAAUGAACUCGAUUCAGGAUGCGGCGAUGGUGAUUGUGGUUCCACAAUGGCAAAUUUAGCUGAAGCGAUCCUGGCUCAAAAAGAAGCACUCCCUUGGAAAUGGGUCGGUAGUUGCUUGCUGAAUCUAUCGAAGAUUGCCGAGGCUCAGAUGGGAGGUACUUCUGGAGCAGUGUACUCUCUACUGUUUGCGGGAGCUGCCAAAGGAAUUAGCAGAUCAUGGCAGGAGGGUUGGAUAUCGGCAUUGCAGACGCUAUACACCCACUCACCAGCGAGAGUUGGUCAUCGAACUCUAAUAGAUGCUCUUGCUCCGGCUUGUGAAGCAUACUGUUCCUGCAUAACUACCGGAAGGAUGGGAUGGAAAAUAUGUCUGAAGCAAGCGGUUAUGGCAGCAAAAACGGGUUGCCACAACACUUGUUCAAUGGUACCAAGAGUUGGCCGCGCUGCCUACGCUGCACCAUCUAGGUUAAAGAACUUCGAUGCAGGGGCCUACGCCGUCACAGUUUGGCUGCAAGCAGUUUACCUCGCAUUAGAAAAAUUUUGAAAUUUCAUAUUUAUUAAAAAUACUAUUUAUUUUUCAAGUAACUAUAUUAUUUUAGAAAAAUCUUAUAAAACAAUUUUUAAAUUAAAAUAAGAGGUAUAUAUGUAGGUUAGUUAUCUCUGAGGAAACAAGUUACAAACUUCAGUGGGAAUAGUGAUCACCAUCUAGUUCUGAAGCAGUACUCCACAAGAAUGCUCAAGAUAGCUUAGAUCAUCCUGUAGAUGGAAUAAUUUUCACUUCUUCUUAGAUAAUAAAAACUAACUUAAUCUUCUUGACUUUAAUAAUUAUCAUCCCCAGUACUAUUUCAGAUUAUAAAUCACAAAAAAAAAUUAUAAUGGUCGGAAUUAAAUUUAAAUAAUAGUGGUUAAAUUGAAGCACUGAUAUAAAAAUAAUUUAAUAAAAAUUAAAUUUAUAUUUUUUAACAUAUUUCUCCUUAUCUUACAUUCUAUAUUAAUUAAUUAAAUAUUGAAUUAUUUAGUACUGUACGUCAGUAUUUGGCACCUCAGAUUCUAUCUACAGUAUGAUAGAUCUGAUCUUGAACCUAGCCGGUGGACUCUCAGAAGAACUUGAAGCUAAACUUAAAUGUUUAAUGAAUUGCUCAAUCCGCUUUAUCUUCGGGAUCUCAAGGGAUACGCAUAUUACCCAGUUCUGCACCAAGUUGAAGUGGCUUUAUCCGUUCAACCGCCGUCAGUAUUUCCUUGCUACCUUCCUAUACCGAGCCUUUACAACACAGCGACCUGCCUAUAUUCUACAGAUCCUACAAUUCAAACACUCCUUUCAAUCCUGUGCGUCCGACCUCUAUCCUCCCCCUCACCGAACUGCUGCAUUUGAUAAAUCCUUUUUAAUACAAGUUGUCUCCCUCUGGAACUCUGUAACUUCAGAUAUCCGACACGCAAAAUAAAUAUCCUCUUUCAAAUCUCUCCUCUUCAAACACCUACUCCAUUCCCAAUCCGAUCGAUCACGAAAUGCACUUAAAAACCUAAGCUGUAAAAACCUCAAAGUACACCCAGAUACUCUGAUUAUUUUGUAAUUCAUCGAUAUUUCGUUUACUUAAUUACUUUCUCUGUAUAUUUUAUAUUUACACGUAUUUAUAUCUUUUUAUUACUUAUAACUUUAUUGUAUUCCUAAUCAACCUGUAAAUAAUAAACUGUAUUUUAUGGACACACCCAAAUAUUAAUAUAUAUCUGAGAAGGAGUUAGUUGAGGGUGCGGUCAAAU